AUGGUCAAAGCUGCGAUCGACACAUUCAGUGAGAAGAAACACCUGAUCUGUUUCCCACAUACGGUGAAGCUUAUAAUGCAAUCAAUCAUACAUGAUAUACCAGCUGGGAAAGAUUUGAUUGCGAAGGUCAAGCGGAUUGUGACAUACUUUCGCCAGUCGUCUAUUGCUGCUUACAAACAAGACUGCCCCACUCGAUGGAAUUCCACUUUUGAAAUGAUUGAACGUUUCCUCGUGCUUAUGAAUGCUGUAACUUGCUCACUCCUGAGUUUGGAGGGCGCUCCACCGAUGCUAUCUUCCGCAGAACUCAGAUUACUAAAAGAAAUCAUGGAUCUUUUCAAGCCAGCCAAAGACGUGACUAAAAGUAUCAGUGGCGAGCGGUAUGUUACUGGAAGUCAACUGCUCCCAUUAAUUGCAUGGUUCCGCGCUGAAGUUGCAGCCUUGAAACCAGUUUGCGAUAUAGGAAGAAUUGUUAAAGACGCUCUUGAGGCUGGUAUCCAGCAAAGGCUCAAAGUUUACGAGACGAAGAAGUAUCAAUCACUGAUCGGUGUAGCUGGCUUGCUCGAUCCUCGCUUCAAACGUAAAUAUUUCCCCAGCAAUCUAUAUGACGCCGAAGUAUUGAAUCUCGUCAAUGUCUUCAUCAAAGACUCGGAGCAUCCCAAUCCACAAGUGAAGAAGGCCAAAAAUCCUCAAGAAGAUUUUCCCCAGGGAGAUGCUCUGUGGAAGCACCACAAUCAGCGUAUCAGUCAACACCAGAAAUUAGCAGCAGAAACUCCAGGACUUGGAACCCUUGAUAUCAAUCUCAAACAAUACACCAGCAACCCUCACAAGCCACCUGGAACUGAUAUCAUCAAGUUUUGGCUGGCACAGAAAGAAAACACGCCAGCACUGGCUAAAAUUGCUUUGAAAUACUGUUGUGUGCUGGGGAGUUCAGUUCCUUGUGAACGUUUAUUUUCGGCAGCUGCCCGGCUGACUGAGGAUCGUAGUCGCCUGACGGCUGAGCACAUUUGGAGAUCAUUAUUUAUGAAAUCACUAGGAUUUCCAGACUGGCAUCUAAGUUAA